AACCUUUCAUCUGCCAUUGCUUUUCCAAUAGAGCAGAAGAAGAAACGUACUCGGCAGCAAGAGGACAUGGCAACGACACAGAAGAAAAAAAGAAAAGAAGUUGCUGUAUUUGGCAAUUACAGAAACUACUACGGCUAUAGAAUAGGUCAGGAUAUGGAGGAAGAUCCGAGAUUAAAAGCUAUGAAGAAGGAGUGGUUUGAAGGCAAGGAUUGUCUUGACAUUGGCUGUAACAGUGGAGUGAUCACAAUCGCUAUCGCGCAAAAGUUUAACUGCCGAAGUAUCCUCGGAGUCGAUAUUGAUGAAGCAAGAAUCCAGGACGCCUAUUGGACUCUCAGGAAAACAGUGAGGAGCUCUAAAACUGUUCCCACAGGGGUUGCCAAGUCGACUGAAUCAAAGAAUGUAACUGGUGCCGGAAACCAUGUGGCUGAGUCGCCUACGGAGAGGGCAACCACUGAUUGUACAGAAUCUCAUCACGUGCAAGAGGCAAAUUUGUUUGACAUAGUCUCUUUCACGAAGGGAAAUUUUGUUCAAAAUUGGCAUGCAGGGGAAAAUACAUCUUAUGAUACAAUUAUUUGUUUAAGCGUGUCAAAGUGGGUGCAAUUGAACUGGGGUGAUGAGGGACUAAUAACAUUAUUUUCGAAAGUAUGGAGGCUUCUUUCACCGGGUGGUGUCUUUAUUUUGGAGCCUCAGCCUUGGAGUUCAUACUACAGUAAUCGUCUUGUAUCUGAGACAACAAGAAUUAAUUAUCAAGAAAUUAAGAUCCGUCCUCAAGAUUUUCAAGAUAUACUUUUGGACAAGAUUGGAUUUAGAAUGGUAGAGGACAUAACAUCUAGCGCAUCUGGUUGCAAAGCUGGGUUUAAUAGACCUAUUUUUGCAUUCUGGAAGUGAUGCAUUAAGGUUAUGAAAUUGCUUUGUCUGAUGUGUUGUAUAUAUAUGGGAGUUGUAUCGACGACAACAUACUCGGUGUAAUUCCACAAUUGGGGUCUAGAGAGGGUAGGAUGUAUGCAGACCUUACCCAUACCUUUGUGAGGUAGAGAGAUCCUUUCCGAUAGUCCCUCGGCUCAAAAGAAAUAUUAUCAAAGUAGGAUAUCGAGCUGUUGAAUUUAUUCCCAAAUCUUUCUCAAGUAUUGAGGCUGGUGAUUUGAUUCAUCUUACUUGUAACUGAAUGUAUAUUUUGCCUAACUGUUGAUUGAAUGCAUUGGUAGUUUAGUCA